AAAAGAGAAAAAAAGGCAUUCUGGGCAAGCAGCAGCACCAGAUCCAAGAUGGCGGCCAGCAGGAGGCUGAUGAAGGAGCUUGAAGAAAUCCACAAAUGUGGAAUGAAAAACUUCCGUAAUAUGCAGAUUGACAAAACAAAUUUAUUGACUUGGCAAGGGCUUAUUGUUCCUGACAAUCCUCCAUAUGAUAAGGGGGCCUUAAGAAUCGAAAUAAACUUUCCAGCAGAGUACCCAUUCAAACCACCGAAGAUCACAUUUAAGACAAAGAUCUACCACCCAAACAUUGAUGAAAAGGGGCAGGUCUGUCUGCCAGUAAUUAGUGCUGAAAACUGGAAGCCAGCAACCAAAAGCGACCAAGUAAUCCAGUCCCUCAUUGCCCUGGUGAACGACCCCCAGCCUGAGCACCCACUUCGGGCUGACCUAGCUGAAGAAUACUCUAAGGACCGUAAAAAAAUUCCAUAAGAAUGCUGAAGAGUUUACAAAGAAAUAUGGGGAAAAGCGACCUGUGGACUAAAUCUGUCAUGACUGAUUGCAGCAAGUGUGAGCAGAGACCCCGAGCAGUGCAU